AUGUCCCUCAGCGCCGCUCUCCGCCGCGCCAUCAGCCACCUACUCUACUGCGCCACCGCCUACCUACUCAUCCUCAUCGCCACUCUUUGCCGCGCCAUCAGCCACCUACUCUACUACGCCACUGCCUACCUGCUCGUCCAGAUCGUCGUCGGCUUCUGCGUCUUCGCUAUCCCUGGCAUCCUCCUCUGCUUCUGGGGUGUUCAUAUCAUCUACAAGAUGAAGGGGAAAGCUUUGUUCGGGUUUUCUGGUUGA